AAUGGUUUCCUCUGAAGACCUGAUCAAGUAUGCUCAUCGAAUCAGUAGCAGUAAUGCUGUUGAAGCACCAGUAUCAUGGAUGCCAGGAGAUCCACGCAGGCCUUAUCCUCAAGAUAUAGAGAUGCGAUCAGGAUUGCUUGGUAGACUUAUGGAAGGUGUUCCAAGUGAAACUGAUCAGCCUGUGACCGGUGAUUCAACUCUCCAAGAACUGAUGCAACCCUCAGUCUCUGCAUCACACGUGUCGCAACCUGUCGGUGGACUUGGUAGGUUUUAUUUUAAAUCAAGAAUAUUAAGGUGGCUCCCUAUAGUUUUAUGAUUGCA